UAUGCGCGGCGGCCGACUGCUGCUGCUGCUCUUCAAGUCAAGACUAGAACCUCGGAAAAACGCAGGCAAAGGCCAGCUUAACUUCCGCUUUGGUUUGAGUGUCUGUCCUUACUGCUUAGAUUAUGAGUAUUUCUGGGUUAUGUUCUAUGUAAUAGUUAUAUAAUAUCAUGUGAUUGUUUUCCAAUAUAGAGAAUCUGAUUUUAAAGCUUUCAAAAUGGGACGAAAAAGUAAGAAGAGGCAAAUGAAGGAUGCCGAUGGAUUGACCAAAAGUGAAAGAAAAGAAAUUCAGGCACUAUGCUCCCAGCUUUUGGAUUUGUGUAAAACACCAACCCAAGUGAGUACACAGAAACAAUGGGAGGAAUACAAACAGAUACGUGGUGUUGUGGAGAUGAUACGAACAAAGCAACAAGGAGGAUGAUGUAUUUUUAUCAAUACCAAGAAAGAUCAUGGUAACUGUAGAGACAGCUAAGCAGUCAGAAAUUGGUAAGCUGGCAGAAACUGAUCCGAUAUUGAAGUCGAUGCCAAAUGUACUGUUAGCCAUUCAUAUUCUGAAUGAGAAGUACAAGGAAGAUUCCUUCUGGAAGCCUUACUUCGAUUGUCUGCCACACUCGUAUUCUGUACCUUUGUAUUUCAACGAAGAAGAGCUGAAUCUUCUUCAAGGUUCUCAGGCAUACAGUGAAUCUAUGAAACAAUACAAGAAUAUUGCCAGACAAUAUGCCUACUUUAAUAAGUUAUUUCAUACAAGCCCAGAUGUUGCAGAUAUUCCAUUAAAAAACACAUUCACCUAUGACGGUUAUAGAUGGGCAGUUUCCACGGUGAUGACCCGUCAGAACCAGAUACCAUCUACAGAUAGGAAGUUCCAAUGUACUGCUCUUAUACCAGUCUGGGACAUGUGUAAUCACACCAAUGGAAAGAUACGGACAGGCUUUGACUUAGCACAAAAUUGCUCCAGCAGUCUUGCUCUUAAAAAUUACCAACCCAACGAGCAGGUUCUAAUUUAUUAUGGAAAGAGGACAAACAUGGAACUUUUGGUGCACAAUGGUUUUGUUUUUCCUGGAAACGAGGACGAUGGCGUGGCAAUCCAACUCGGAAUGAGCAAGAACGAUAAACUGUAUCAGUUGAAGAUGGAACUGUUGGCCAUGUAUAGCCUACGCUCGAACGAUACUUACACAGUGCUUCCUGGUGAUAAUCCGCUGAGCAAACAACUUCUUGUUUUCUUAAGGAUAUUCUGCAUGACUGAAGAUGAACUGAAUGUUCGUUUCAAAUAUGAGAGAAAACAGGAAAUGCUGGAGUUCUUGUUGAAAGAUAAAUUACCAGUGAGUAAAACAAACGAGAUCAAGCUGUGGAUAUUCUUAGAAACCAGGCUGAUCCUUCUGUUAAGACUUUACAAAACAACUGUUGAGGAGGAUAAAGCACUUCUCGAGCAGAGUGAUAUUUCAGAGUUCUCCAGACAAUGCAUCCAGCUUAGGCUAGGUGAGAAAAGAAUUCUACAAAAUGCUAUCAAUCACUCCAAAAAAUCGAAAGAAAUUGCAGAGAAUUGGGAUGAAAGUACGCUUCCAGAUCCACUAGGCCACCCGAAGGAAGAUCUAAGUCGUAUUGCAGAUGAUAAACAUGCCUCUCAUUUAUUACAAUUGCCAGAGAUCGUGGCAAAUGGUGAUCCAGAUUUGCAGAACCUCUCACUGAGGGGGAAUAUUGUAGCACAGUCGUCCGAAGAUACCAAGAAAGAAGAAGCCAGCAAUGUGGUGGAGCCACCUACUGCUGGAACUAAUCUUGAGGCUAGCAGUGUAACUUCAGAAGAAGUUUUAGAAAAUGGACAUUGAAAGACAUCGGCUUGAAUAAUAAUUACCUCCCCUUUUUUUUUGGACAGAGUUAGGACACAUUAAUAUAAUUGGAUUAUGCAAUACUGUUUUUAAUUUCCUUUUCAAAUCUGUUAGUGUUAUAUUUAUUUUCAAUUUUAAAUGUAGUAAAUAUUUUUAGAUUUUGUUUUUA